CUAGCCGUCCUCCCCGAAAUUCCGAUCUCGACGACCGCGAAGGUCAGUAUCGAGGAUCUGGAGGUGGGAGACUCCGAAUCGGCCACACCCGAGGAGAUCGAGAAGCUCCGGCAGUUCAUUGGGAGAAAGCAACACCUCCUGCUCGACAAAGGCAACGCUCUACCUCCGGCGGCCAGGGGCGUUGUAUCCUCACCGAUCGUGAUUAUUCGCAAGAGUAACGGUGUGGAUAUCAGGUUGUGCAUCGACUACAAGUUGGUAAACGGCCCCACGAGGCCGAUGGUAUACCCUAUGCCCCUGAUCAGCGAUCUGCUGGAGAAUCUGGAUAAGGCAUUAUGUCGCAUGCUUUUUGGCCUAAAGAAAGCCCCGCAGAUUUAUCAACGCCUCGUAGACAACGCACUGUAUGGAUUUUUGAAGAUCUCGCGAUCAGGCGACGCCGGGGCUACAACGGAUGUAUUCCAGAUAGGGAUCGCGGACGAUCCUGAUCGCGAGUCAGUGUUGGGACGGAGAUCAUACAUUGACGACAUCAUGACCGCAGCAGAAUCGUGGGAUCAAACGUGCCAAAGGGUGGGAGAUCUGUUGAAUGCUUGCGAUAAGUGGAAUUUAUCGAUCAGUGUGGCGAAGAGUUUCUGGGGCAUCGAUAAGGUAGGAUAUCUGAGGCAUCGAGUGUCGUUCGGAGGUCUAGAGGCGAACCCAAAAGAUCUGAAAUCCCUGAUCGAUCUGCCAUUCCCCGAGUCACUCCGAUCCAUGCAGUCGUUCCGGGGUAGUUUGAAUUACUACAGCCGAUUCAUUGAAGACUAUGCUAUCUACGCGUCGAUGCUAUAUGAGCUACGCGAGGUGGAGUUCGCAGAGCUGGAGAAACGACCGGAUCUGAGGAAGAUCAUGGACCAGAACGACCCGAUUGCACGAGAUCACGGUUCACCGGAGCUGCAGGUGGCGGAACCACUGCAUGAGAGGUCGGGCUAUCUCGAGAGCCUCACUGUGAACGAAGCAGAAUACAACGGCCUGAUCCUGGGACUCGACAUGCUAGGGGACCUAGAUCGCAAGCGCCUAGUGAUCUGCGGUGAUUCCAACUUAGUGAUCCGACAAGUACGGGGCGAGAUCGGUUGCAAAGCACUCAGGCUGACGUUAUUGAAGCGGAAGGCCCUCGAUCGCCUGAGGAAAUGGUGCGAUCACGAACUAGUGCAUGUGAAGAGAUACUUGAAUGGGAGUGCCGACAGUCUAGCGAGUGCCACUUUGCAACGCCAAAUCGGGAUCGAGGUCCAGGGAGGUCCCGAAUACCAAGAUCUGGUCACCUUGAACCGGUUGUACGAGAUCCUAAUUCCCAAGACCGAAAACCCAGUGGUGCGAGUUGCUGCGGUCACCACCCGAGCUUCCCGAGUAAGAUCACCUGCGGGUGUCAUGCAAGAGGACUUGAUCCGGGAGAUGCGGGUUGAUCGGAUCAAGCGGGCUCAGGAGGAGGAAGGCUGA